AGUUCUGUUCCCGUCAUUAUUCUACAGUUGACUCUUCUCUUGGUAUUUAAAUAAGGGCUUGGCUUGUGUGUACGCUUCAACACAUACCAUCCCACCCAAGGCACUGUGCACUGCCAGGAUUACAACUUGCCCUCUUUUCGCGUCCGCCCCAUCUCUGGACCUCGGGACCUUAGAACCUCUCGGACUACGCGUGGAUCAGCAGUUACCGUACUAUCCUAUAGGCAUCAGUCUAGGCGAUGCCAUUGGGGGGUCCUCCCACACCAGCGACGACGUUUGUCCUGCCGUAUGUCCCAGGCAAGACGAAAGCCCAUCUGGACCCCGUCUAUAGCGAGCAGAGAUCCCAGGCCGAGAGUCACGGAGAGAGCCAGACCAAAGAAAAAGAGGGAGUUACUAAAGGGGACGACAUACAGCUGAAGACCAAGAUCAUGUGCGGGGGGCUGGAUUGCAGGCCUUUGCAAGCCAACAGCAUCUGGUUAUACCUCGACCACGUCCAGGGCAGCCCAGCCUUGCAACGCCAUGCCAUGAAGGUCUGGUUUAAGGGACACGUCCUAGCAACUGUCAGGAGACACCGAGGUCAUUACGCAGCCCAGACGUACAGAAGGACCCUUUACAUGGAGCCCCUGCCUGGACGUGUUCACAACCUUGCAUGGCGGAUUAGCAUAUCCCGACAUCUUGCCGACCUGCUCGUGAUGUGGGGGAAAAGGAUUAAUUCGGGCUGUUUCAAAGGGGCGAGGCUCAGCAAACAGUUUCCCCCUGAUGAGCCUUGGGGAGCAUUCGGAGAUGGGGCCGAACAGACGACGGAGCUCUGAAAUAGGGAGGACUAAGAAGGACAUGAAGUCAAAGGGUAUAAAGAAGGUCAAUCUCCCCGCAAGGCCUGUACUUCAUAGCGGGUUCGACAUUUGUAUCGUCAGCGCAGCCGUCUGCUUCCCUCUGUCUUUGGC